CAAUGCAGAUCUGCGUUGUGAGCUUCCAAAACUGGAGAAGCGUCUUCGGUCUACUGCUGAGACUGGAGACAGCACUGAGGGACGCCAAGGAGGGCGCCAUGAUCGACCGCCGCCGCCGCUACCAGCAGGAGGUGGACCGCAUCAAGGAUGCAAUGCGGGCCAAGAACGCCCUCAGGCGCCCCCAUGCUGCACAGAUCGCCAAGCCGGUCCGGCCGAAGCAGCUUCCCGUCUGCUCGCCCACCAACCCCUUCUACACGUACGUGCGCGCCAACGAGCACGGCAACGCCUACAGCAACGCCCUCUUCCAGAGUGCCCUGUCCCAGAAGGCGGCCGCCGCCACCAUCGCCUCCAACCCCAACUCCGUCAGAGCAACGCGUGAUUUCCACAGCACUGGCUACAGAGCGACCAGCAAGCCCACAGACAUCCUAGAGUCCUUCCCCCUCAACAUAGACAACGGCAACAAAAGUGCCACCAGCGACACGAGAGACAUCAAUGAUAACAGGAGUGAUGUGCACUGUGGCAUUGAAGCCGAGGACCCAAACAGACACUACAUCAUUCAGCAGGAGACCGCCGCAAGUUAAUCCUAUGAUGACCAAUCACUGUUCCUGUCCAUGGAUCCCAUCCCCCAGUCUGCAUGCAGCCUCUCUCUCCCACAUCCCCAAAAACUCUUAUUUUGAUGUUGAUGAUGAUGACGACGAUGAAGCCCUCUCUCCCUUGUUGUCAGCCCCCCUAUAGCCCACACUUACACAGCCCGAAGGUGACUUGUCUUUCUCUCACACACACACACACACACACACACACACACACACACACACACACACACACACACACACACACACACACACACACACACAGACUCCUGUAAUCAGGUCCUGAGAUCAGCCAGCUUCGACUCUGCUUCAGUUCAGUCAUCUUGUCGAAAUAGUUUGUUUUCCAAGAGAACUUCACCAUCACAAUCGCAACAAAAUCGAAUGAACCGGAAACCAUAGAUCAAAUGGUUGAAUGUUAUUCUUUUACUAAACCAAAAUUUACAGGCACUUUCCCUGACUCUACUGAACUGAAACAGAGUUUGAUCGCUAGGCCAACUUGCAAAGGGUAAUUAGAAAGUAGAAACACCAUGUAAAUAAUAGCUAUAUAUUAUAUAUAGUAUAUACUCGGGUAGGGGUUUUUGACCAGUAACUGUUUCUGUAAAGGUACAGUCACCCCAGUCUCAAAGGCAACCUGUAAGGAAGCAUUGGGGCAUCGUAAGGAUGUUUGGUGCAUAGAGUACAACUGUGUUCCGUCAAUCUCUGCAUGUAUGUAGCUUAUAGCGGGUUAGCUUAGAAUAAAAAAAAACCUUUGCAUGUAACCAGACUGCAGACUUCAGCCUAAGUGCUACAAAUGGAUAAGAUGAUGGCAGACAGAGAGACAACUGAGAGACCUUCCCAAUUACUAAACACACGCACCAUGAUGCUGUCAGGAGAUAGAGCUUAGUAGGCUAGAUCUUUUAGCUAGUUAGCUUGAUCAGUUAGCUAGUUAGAAGACAGCGAUUGGAUCUGAUUUCACAUGCUGUACUGCAUAGAAGUCAGGACCAUUCCUGUCCUUUUUUCUGUGAGCUUCUGCAUCUAUAGUUUAUAGAAAAUAAUGGUUUAUAAACCUAUAGAGAAAAAAGGUUAAUUUAGACAGACCACGUAGGAAAAAAACUAGAUAUGCCCUGUCGUUUGGAAUUGGGGGUAAAGCAUAGAAGUAUCGACAAUGCAAAGAGUUAGAGGAAUAAAGCUACUGUACGUGUUAGGUAAUAUUGUCCACGGAAACACCCACCAUGCUGUCGUUCCCUGUGUGUGAGUCGCUCCACGUUUUACCAAUCCUUACCAACCGUUACUUUCUCAUUAACAAAUAGUGUUUGUGUACUAAUGAUGUAUGUGUAACUACUAACUCUAGGGCUUCAGGUAACAAGCUUAAGCAUUAUCUUUUCACAUGAUUACUACACACUACACAUUUUAGAUUGUAGUGAGUCUGGGACGAACAGCGAGGCCAUCCGUUGAGGUAGAACGUCAUGGUUUUUAAAAGUUUCUUAGCUGGGAUACCCGUGAUUGGGCGCAACUUUUCUGGCACUUAAUCAUAUGCAACUUUCUCCGCCUACCUGGCUUCUAACCAAUGAGGAAAUAUGAUGAGAUAAUUGACUUAUUGGCCCAUACCGUCAAGACAAAACUCAUAACCCUUGUAAUUGUGUGUUCUCUGAUUAUCUCGAUAGAAAAGUGAGACCCCUGAAGUUUUAAAUUGUAAUGAAUUGUAUUUAAUGUACACUUAAAUGCAUGCUUGAAUCUAUUACCACCAAACAAGCAUAAAGCAUCCAUUUCCUUAAGGUGUCAAAGCAUCAUAAGCCAAUGAGAGUCUUCCAUACUGCCUGCACACGUAACUGCUUUGAUUCCUCUUUUAGAAUCCUGACCAACCAAUCAGGAUAGAGGGCCCCCAGCUAAGAAUUGUGUUGGGUCAGCUUUGGGGCUGUCUCAUUGGACGAGAGUUGAGUACCUGUAAGCAAAUGUACACUGUAUGUCCACAGCUAUAUUCCAUGGAUUGCGCCACUUUCUGAAUAAACGGGGGGAUAGAAAUACACCUCAGCAGUAGAAACAUGCCGCUCAGCCAAGUCGCAUCGGGUUUCUAAAAGGACACCUCUACUGAAAGCGUUUCUGUUCCACAUUCAAAGGUGGCCCAAACCAUACGAAUGAUACAAUCAAGUAACCAGCUUGGGGAAAUCGGGUACAACAUGUAUAAAGGUAAAGGUUAUAUGAGAACAAAUGAAUUCAUUAUUAUAGUAAAAGUAUUUUUUACUACUGGUAAAACUGUGACAGCACUUGAGAGUCAGUCAAUGUAGUCCAUGUUGCCGUUUGCCGGCGUUUUUCUCGUCUCAGGGCCAACCAAUCAGGAUCGCGGUGGGGCACGCUUCCUUGCGGUGUCUGUGGUUUGUAUUGUCAGUUACAUAAUUGAUACUCGUGGUGUUUUUCAGAGCAAAAAGAGCAACGGUACAACUAUACAUAGAAGAGCUAUGUCAUUGUUUUACACAGCCAGACGUGAUCUAUUGUAAUCCUCAGCUAGCUCCUGGUCAGAGUACUUACCCAACCCCCGUCCACCCCCCCUUUAUCCGUCGAGAGUGACUUCAUAUCUCCGGCGUAAUUAACCUUUGUGGGCAAAGUGUGUACUAUAUAGCAUCACCCGUAUCUCUCCACGGUCUGAUUUCGGACAUCUUAUGAUGUAGUAAAUAUUGCUAAUCCUGUAAGUAUAGCUUGUGUGCUGCCGUGUUAUAUUGUGAAAACUAAAGGUACACGCGCUAACUUUCCGCGGCUCCUGAAUGUGUACCUCUUCAUUUAUUUGCGUAAGCUUGAACUGUAGGGUUGUCAUGAGUAUGUACAUCAUGCAUAUUUCUGUAUAUAUAUAUCUACGGCCGUUAGAAUGCUGUAAUAUCUGUGAACCGAUGUGUUGUAGUAAAAAUAUCAAAUAAACAUUUAGAAACCUG